AUGUCCGUGAACUCUGAGAAAUCCUCGUCCCCCGAAAGGUAACAUGUCUCAACGCCUUCCCCACCCCCCACCCUCCCUCUGUAUGUCUGUCUGUCUGUCUCCAGUCUCUCCGUCUGUCUGUCUCUAUGCCAUGCAUUCUGUUUGGCUGACUGUCAUUCUGUUUUCUCCUCCUCCAGAAUCCCCCCAUAUCCUCCCCCUCUUCCCCUUCCCUCCCACCCUCCUUCCCUCUCUCUCUAGCCGUCUGUCUCCUCAUCUAUCCAUCUAUCUGUCCAACUCUAGCCGGUUGUCGUCUACUGUUGUUUGUGGAGGGUGCAGUGUGCUGACACACAGAGGAGAAAAAGCGCAGUGGUCCAUUGUUGCAUGCUGCUGUAGCGUUUCAUACAGCCAGUCGAAAAACAACAGCCACCCUAUCAAAUGCUCUCUGUCGGUAUGUCUGUCUGUCUGUAUGGCGCUGGCUGCUCCACAGCCACCAGCACAUUUUAGCACAGCCACCAGCCACCAGCACACAACAUUAGCACAGCCACCAGCACAUCUCAGCAGGACAAAACAAUCGGAUGUCAAUCACCAGCAGCACAUCUCAAAACACAUAGAAAACAACAACCGAACAUCAGACUUUGUACAAACAUCCAAAAACAACUGCAGUUCGCAUGACAACCAGAGAGCUUGUAAUGUUGUAAAACGACUGCAUACUAUAUCUCUUGUACACACAGGACAUUUUAGCAUAACAACACAAUCUCACUGCACAACAAUCACACAACCAUUACAUAAACGGGUGUGCUACAACAAACCAACAGCCUAUAACACAAUGUUGCAACCAACAUCACAUCACAAGCAAAGAACAGAUAUCCCAACACAACAGAGCAACAUUAAACCAACACAUCACAAUGCAACAUCACAAACCAACAUCACAAACCAACAGACAUCACAACAUCAAACCAACACAAACCAAGACAUCAAAUCAACACAUCACAACAUUACAAACCAACAAACCAACAUCAAACAUCAAACCAACCAAAACAACACGAUAUUACACAUGCCGAAAUAGGUCUAGUUCCGGACUAAAACACAGGAAGGAAGACAUGUCCAGAACACAACAUUAUAUACAGGUAAAAGUCAGUAAAUUAGAAUAUUUUGAAAAACUUGAUUUAUUUCAGUAAUUGCAUUCAAAAGGUGUAACUUGUACAUUAUAUUUAUUCAUUGCACACAGACUGAUGCAUUCAAAUGUUUAUUUCAUUUAAUUUUGAUGAUUUGAAGUGGCAACAAAUGAAAAUCCAAAAUUCCGUGUGUCACAAAAUUAGAAUAUUGUGUAAGGGUUACAUUUUGAAGACACCUGGUGCCACAAAAUAAUCAGCUGAUUAACUCAAAACACCUGCAAAGGGCUUUAAAUGGUCUCUCAGUCCAGUUCUGAAGCCUACACAAACAUGGGGAAGACUUCAGAUUUGACAGCUGUCCAAAAGGCGACCAUCGACACAUUGCACAAGGAGGGAAAGACACAAAAGGUUAUUGCAGAAGAGGCUGGCUGUUCUCAGAGCUCUGUGUCCAAACACAUUAAUAGAGAGGCAAAGGGAAGGAAAAACUGUGGUCAGAAAAAGUGUACAAGCGAUAGGGAUCACCGCGCCCUAGUCAAGAUUGUGAAAAAAAAAACCAUUCAAAAAUGUGGGGGAGAUUCACAAGGAGUGGACAGCUGCUGGAGUCAGGGCUUCAAGAUCCACCACCAAGAGACGCUUGAAAGACAUGGGUUUCAACUGCCGCAUACCUCGUGUCAAGCCACUGUUGACCAAGAAACAGCGCGAAAAGCGUCUCACCUGGGCUAAGGAAAAAAAGAGCUGGACUGCUGCUGAGUGGUCUAAAGUCAUGUUUUCUGACGAAAGCAAAUUUUGCAUUUCCUUUGGAAAUCGAGGUCCCAGAGUCUGGAGGAAGACAGGAGAGGCACAGGAUCCACGUUGCCUGAAGUCUAGUGUAAAGUUUCCACCAUCAGUGAUGGUUUGGGGUGCCAUGUCAUCUGCUGGUGUCGGUCCACUCUGUUUCCUGAGAUCAAGGGUCAACGCAGCCGUCUACCAGCAAGUUUUAGAGCACUUCAUGCUUCCUGCUGCUGACCUGCUCUAUGGAGAUGGAGAUUUCAGGUUCCAACAGGACUUGGCGCCUGCACACAGCGCAAAAUCUACCCGUGCCUGGUUUACGGACCAUGGUAUUUCUGUUCUAAAUUGGCCAGCCAACUCCCCUGACCUUAGCCCCAUAGAAAAUCUGUGGGGUAUUGUGAAAAGGAAGAUGCAGAAUGCCAGACCCAACAACGCAGAAGAGUUGAAGGCCACUAUCAGAGCAACCUGGGCUCUCAUAACACCUGAGCAGUGCCAGAAACUCAUCGACUCCAUGCCACGCCGCAUUAAUGCAGUAAUUGAGGCAAAAGGAGCUCCAACCAAGUAUUGAGUAUUGUACAUGCUCAUAUUUUUCAUUUUCAUACUUUUCAGUUGGCCAACAUUUCUAAAAAAUCCCUUUUUUGUAUUAGCCUUAAGUAAUAUUCUAAUUUUGUGACACACGGAAUUUUGGAUUUUCAUUUGUUGCCACUUCAAAUCAUCAAAAUUAAAUGAAAUAAACAUUUGAAUGCAUCAGUCUGUGUGCAAUGAAUAAAUAUAAUGUACAAGUUACACCUUUUGAAUGCAAUUACUGAAAUAAAUCAAGUUUUUCAAAAUAUUCUAAUUUACUGACUUUUACCUGUAUAAAUAUAGAAUAUGGGUUCUGUGAGCGGUGAGGGGUGGGCCAUGAGGUGAGGCCAGGCAUCUGACUCAGUCAUCACUGAUGCCAUGCCAAUUGUCAAUGGGCAGAGCCGGCAUGGCCGGCUGCCAAGAGGCCUACGCAACGCCAUGCCUCAGACUGGCACACACACACACACACACACACACACACACACACACACACACACACUCUCUCAUCUGCUGUGGAGUGGGCACACAGACAAACAGGAGUGAAUGGGCAUAGAUAUAGAGGAUUUGGUGGUUUGGCAGUGAAUGGGGAUUGUAUUGGCAUAGAGAGAGAAGUAAGUCUCUAGCUGGACAAAGAGGAAGGGUAGAUAGGUGCACUGUGCAGACACAGACACAGACACAGACACAGACACAGACACAAAAACCACUUGAAGACUAUAGAAUGGAAACAUUCGGCUAUUGACAGACAGACAGACAGACAGACAGACAGACAGACAGACAGACAGACAGACAGACAGACAGACAGACAGACAGACAGACAGACAGACAGAUAGACAGACAGACAGACCCUGGUAGAGUGAAGUGGAUGUCUGGUCACACACAAACAUGCACACACACACAUAGAACACCUCUGGACCCUGGAGGGGCAAAGUGACUUGUCUGGUAUUCCUGACUCAGGAUAGACAAUAUAUUGUGGCUGGAUUGCCUGGGAUAUCAUUAAUGCAUGCAUGUCUAAUAGGACCAGGAUGAUACCAGUAUCGCAAUAUUUGUUAGUAACAUGGCAAGGAAACUAAACACGAAGCGGAUUUAUCUUCUUUAGGAAAACAGCCCUAAUGUUGGAAACAAACGUUAUGUUGUCAUCCAGAGUCACAUUUAUUUAUUUAACAAGCGAUAGCACACAAUAUUUUACAUACAGCAGGUUUUUAAAGGACCAAAGAGUUUGUUUGGCUUCCUGUUUUCAUUUUUGCCAUGGAAAGAAUAUUGCGAUACUGGUAUUGUCACAGCCCUAAUGUCUAAUACCACUAUUAGAUAUCUGCACUAUGAAUACAUCACAGCUAAUGAGCAAGUGGGUGGUAUUGUAUCUGGAAUCAGAGGAUGAUGAUGAGAACAUCAAGGAUUAGCUGGAAAUCCAGGUUGUCAUGAAUAUGUUAUUAUGGUUUCAUAUGAGGAUUAAUGCCAACAUAUGAGUAGUAUCAAUGCUAACAUAUGAGUAGUAUCAAUGCCAACAUAUGAGUAGUAUCAAUGCCAACAUAUGAGUAGGAUCAAUGCCAACAUAUGAGUAGUAUCAAUGCCAACAUAUGAGUAGUAUCAAUGCUAACAUAUGAGUAGUAUCAAUGCCAACAUAUGAGUAGUAUCAAUGCCAACAUAUGAGUAGUAUCAAUGCCAACAUAUGAGUAGUAUCAAUGCCAACAUAUGAGUAGUAUCAAUGCCAACAUAUGAGUAGUAUCAAUGCCAACAUAUGAGUAGUAUCAAUGCCAACAUAUGAGUAGGACCAAUGCUAACAUAUGAGUAGGAUCAAUGCCAACACAUAUGAGUAGGAUGAAUGCCAACAUAUAAGUAGUAUCAAUGCCAACAUAUGAGUAGGAUAAAUGCUAACACAUAUGAGUAGUAUAAAUGCUAACACAUAUGAGUAGUAUAAAUGCCAACACAUAUGAGUAGUAUCAAUGCUAACAUGUGAGUAGUAUGAAUGGCAACAUAUAUGAAUAGCCUAUUUACAAGCAUAUCAGGGCUGAUACAGAAUGUUUUGGCUAAAGUUAACAAAGCCUUCAAUGCCUAUGAUUUAGGCCUAUGAGUAUCGGUGGGACAUAUGAGUGGUGGCAUUUAAUACAUGUACCUGGGUUGAUAUAUGAAAAUGAUUAUAUUAUGCCUAAUUGCUUUAUCAGAGAUAUACAUUGCAGUAUGGGUAUCUAUGCUAAUAUACUUGCCACAUACAGUAUACAAGUCUAUUAAGGCUAAUAUGUGAGAAGGUUUAUAUUGGCUAAUGUAUUUGCAUUAUUUAAAGUGUAUCAGGAAUAGGCCUAUUCAUUAUUAGUCUGUGUUCUAUUUAAUCUCAUCUGAGAGCAAGUGGAAAUGCUUUAUCUUGAUAUCUGUGUCAAAUCACUAUAUCACUAUGUUUGGGGUAUCAGUGCUGUAUUUUUAAAGUACCAUCUGGACCCGAGGCACCGCACACACAGGUACACACAUGUACAUACAUGAACACGUACACCCAUACACUUGCUCAGUUUGGUUGAGCUGAAAGGUGUUAGCCAACAAUGAGUUGAGCUGACUUGCUGAGACGCCAGCAGCGGUAGCAGCCUAUCUACUUCUGUUUGAAUUAGGAUUGGAGGAUAGAUAGAGGGGGAGGAUAGAGGGAGUGAUGGAAGAAGUGGGGCAGGAGGAAAGCUGCGAGCGUAAUGAUGCUCUGUCUCUGACACAUUUCGUUUUAAGCAGCAGGCAGAUUUUGAUGAGGGCUGUUGUGUAAGAUGGCACUAGAGGCAUGGCGGGGGGGGGGGGGGGGGGGGGGGGGGGUGGUUGACGUUACAAUCAGCUGAUUCUGGGUCAGAUAUCUUUCUUUCAUCCCUAAUGGUUAUGAAUAGUAUGGUGAACAGGUCAUCUGACACUAGAUCUGUGGUUAGGGGGAAAUACUACUGUACCUGGAGCCAUGGCAGGGAUGGAUGAUGAAUGCAGGUGGGAAGGGAGGGAUUGGGGGAGGUCGGGGGAGGGGUGUGUGUGUUGGCAUCUGAGCGUUUCAGUAUGUGGUAGUGUUGUGUGGUUGCAGUCUUUGUUGUAUAACAGAGUGUUGUUUUAGUUCACAGCUGAGCUGGGGUGUUGGCUGGUAUGCUGUUCUACAUGGAUGGGGUCAGGUGUUUGUGUCUGGACUGCAGUGCUUGGUUUGUUCAUCAUACAGAGAAAAGAAGGGGUGGCAAGGGAAAUAAAAAGAAGAAGAGAGAGAGAGAGAGAAAGCGGAAGAGACAGAGAGAGAGAAAGUGAGAUACAGUUGAGAGAUGUCUGUCGUUAGUGCCGUGGGUAACCUCAUUAGGGUGUUGGGCUGCUGGAGCCUGACACACCUGCAGCCUCUGUGAAAGGUUAUGUCAACCACUGGGCCCCAGGUGGUUUUUUUUUUUGUUUGUGAUUUUACCCCAUUUUUCUCCCCAAUUUCGUGGUAUCCAAUUGGUAGUUAUAGUCUUGUCCCAUUGCUGCAACUCCCGUACGGACUCGGGAGAGGCGAAGGUCGAGAGCCGUGCGUCCUCCGAAACACAACCCAACCGAGCCGCACUGCUUCUUGACACACUGCUCACUUAACCUGGAAGCCAGCCGCACCAAUGUGUCGGAGGAAACACCGUACACUUGGCAACAGUGUCAGCGUGCACUGCGCCUGGCCCGCCACAGGAGUCGCUAGUGCGCGAUGGGACAAGAACAUCCCUGCCGGCCAAACCCUCCCCUAACCUGGACGACGCUGGGCCAAUUGUGCGCCGCCCAUGGGGCUCCCGGUCGCGGGACUGACUGUGUUUUAAAUGUGAUUACUGGAGCUGCCACUCCGAGACAGAGAAAGAACAGAGGAGGAGUGAUAGAAAGGGAGGAGGAGACAAAGCAUUUGGAUAGAGAGAAGGAGGAGAAACAGAGGGAGAUGGAGGAGUGAGAGGCACCACACAAAGAGACCCCAGUGAAGGACAGAACGGUGUCAGCUCCUCCCACCUUCACAUACAGCGUCUGUUUAAAUGAACAGAUAGUGAACUGAUUUGAAGGAACUGAUAGCAAGGGCCAGAAAACACAGACCUAGGCCACGUCCCAUUGGUGCUAGCUAGCGAGCCUCCUUUCCCCAAUCACCACUGAUCUGACACAAGUCGAUAGCCAAUGAAGGUCGGACACAGACAGAAACAGAGACCUAGGCCACGUCCCAAGAAUCUCAAACAGCCUCACGUCCCCCUCGACCACUAAUCUGAAAUAAGAGGAUAAGACAAAGGGAAAGUAAAAGGAGACGAGGAAAGGCUGCCGUAGUAGAGUAUUGGACCACAGCCAGCCAGCCGAGAAAGCCCAGUCAGGCCAGCAUAAGUCACAUCUGGAGCAGCCAUGAUCCCUCCCAGACAGACAGUCCAUUCAGUUCCCACUUCAUCUUCUGCGUGCAGUGUGACCCACAUCACAUCCCUGCACCCAGGCUGGCUGCUUCAUAGAUAACCACAAUAGCAUAGCAGCUAAUGAAGCGUGAUAUAGUGCUAGAGACUUGCCAGGGCCCCCAUUAGCCCCUUUUCUUUCUCUUGCUCUCUGUGUCUGCAGCAUGCCUCUCUUGGUUUCCCUCUCUUUCUCUUUGUGUCUGGCCAGUCGCCAUCUCCCUGUUUCCAUUCUCUUUCCAUUUCCCUCUCUAUCUAGCUUUAUGUAUCCAUUUCUUUCUCUAUAUUCAAUUUCUCUCUCUUUUGUCUCGUUCUCUCUCUGUGUCAGAAGGGUCAGUGGCAGACCAGACAUGGCCCAAAUGGCCUCUGUCUGUAGAAUCAGAAGAAGUGACUGUUCUUGUCUGUCAGCUAGUGGCAGUCUGUUUCCUCAAAGGGCUUGGUUAAUUAGAAGGGCCAUAAAAUUACAAUGGGAUUUUCUUCUCUAUGUAUUAUAAUUCUAAAUGUGUCUAACCUGGGAACAUGUCAAACAGGGCCUUGAGCAGAAUGAACAAGACACACCGCACGACACCCCCGAGGCGUGGUCAUGUCAUCCCGCAGUAGUCAGAAUCCAUCUGGUUCAGGUGUCACACGCAGGUCGCUAGGGUUCAAGGAAGUCCAGGGUUAAAGUUUAUUGUUGAGGGACAGAUGAGUUCUUCCAUAGCCUGACUGACAGUCUGUUUGUGCUAUCAUGCUAUCACUGACAAUAUGAGGCUGUAGGUCUGCCAUACACUGAACAGUCAACUAUUCAACCUCUGUUUAAUCACCUAUAGAUGUUUUCUCAAUGGCUUAUGUUUCCAUGUCAUGGUCAUAUCAUGAAGGAUUACUUCCACAAAUACUGUAGAAGCCAUAAAAAAUAUAUUUUGGCAUCUGUCUGAGUAACAACACUUUACUAUCAUUAUACAGGUCUGGUAUCACGAUCAUCUAAACUAUUCCCCCCCCCCCCCCCCCCUUCUGCUGCACUUGAAUAAAAUGGCUUGUGUGUCUUUAGGUCUGAUAGCACACUGUGACCCUGUUGACUCAGUAUGUUUACAUGCAAUGGUUUCCUCUGGGACCAACCAUUUACUCUCUCUCUCUCUCUCUCUCUCUCUCUCUCUCUCUCUCUCUCUCUCUCUCUCUCUCUCUCUCUCUCUCUCUCUCUCUCUCCUCUCUCUCUCUCUCCUCUCUCCUCUCUCUCUCACUCUCCUCUCCUCUCACUCUCACUCUCUCUCUCUCUCUCUCUCUCUCUCUCUCUCUCUCUCACUCUCCUCUCCUCUCUCUCUCUCUCCUCCUCUCUCACUCUCCAUCUCUCCUCUCUUCUCUUCUCUCUCUCUCUCUCCUCCUCCACUCUCACUCUCUAAUCCUCACCCCACUACUCACUCUUCUCUCAUCUCUCUCAAUUCAUAUCUUCAUCUCUUCUCUAGUUCAGGGAUGUCUUUACUCAAAUUGUCUUCGUUUUCGAAUUCUUUUGUCGCUGUAUCUGAUGGGAAAUGUGUUCAGUGGUCACUUGGCGAGUGUUCUUCAAUUAUUCUUUAGGGCUUUAUCUGGCAUGGGACUGUGUGUCCUGAUUCAUGUGUCAGCAUCAUCGCAGUUUAACGCCUAGAUCCUGGUUCGAAUUCCAGCUCUUCGUCCGCCGGCCGUGACCGGAGACUCAUGGGCGGCGCACAAUUGGCCCAGCGUCGUCCAGGGUAGGGGAGGGAAUGCCGCGGGUUUCUCAGUUGAUAAGCAUGCUGUUUGCAACGCCAGGGUUGUGGGUUUGAUUCCCACGGGGGGCCAGUAUAAUGUAUUCACUAACUGUAAGUCGCUCUGGAUAAGAGCGUCUGCUAAAUGACUAAAAUGUAAAUGUAAAAUGUGUUAACAUUGCCAAAGCAAGCUACUCUCUCUCUGUCUCUCUCUCUGUCUCUCUCUCUCUCUCUCUCUCUCUCUCUCAGUGUUUGUUUCCAACUGAGUGGGUUUCUGUUACUUCCAGUGGAACCUGAUCUGGUCCAGUAACCCCAGUCAGACAGUCAGUCCUAAUGAUAGGCUGGUUUGGAGGAGGAGGUCCAUCAUGACUUAACUAGCUGACUCACUGACUGACACCUGAUUGUCUGGUCAUUACAGUAUAUUCAACUGCUGUGUCAUUUUCAAUAUAUACAGAAAUAUUAGUAGUAGUAGGAGUACCACAUCUAACAAUCAGCUAGAAUAUUACUGAUAUGUAUGGUUGGUAACAUACUGUACUUUUUACCUCCAAGCUAACAUACCUUUGUAAAUGAACUUUGCAGAGGAAGGGAAGUGGAGGGAGAGAGGGACAGAACGAUCCAGAGAGUGACUCAGGAAAUGUGGAUUUAGGAGGAGAGGAGAGGAGGAAUGUGGCACAAUGAUCGCCUUGGAACAGAGAUGUCCUGAUGGAGGGCUUAAAAGAGAGAUGGAGAGCUGAAAAGAGAGAGAGACAGAUAGUGGAACAGAGAGAGAGAGAGAGAAAAAGAAAGGAACAGAGACAGAGGGACAGCAUAAGAGAGAGAUGGAGAGAGAUAGACAAAGAGAGGGAAACAGAGAAGAGAGAGAGAGAGAGAGAGACCGAGAGAGAGAGACCGAGAGAGAUAGAAAGAUAGUUAUAGAGAGAGAGCCCUCUGAAGAUUAGGAGUGUAGGGGUAAACUCUCGGUCACCAGAGGCCUAAUAUCUGUGCUGAUAUAGCUGCUGUAUUAAAGCACUGGAAUGAUAAUGGUAUUUUUGUUUGUUUACGUGUGUGUGUGUCGGCUUGCGGGUCUGUGUUUGUCUGCGUGUGUGUAUGUGAGUGCUUUUGUGUGUGUGUGCAUUUGUGUGUGUGUGUACCGUCCCAGGUGGCGUGGCUGUAAGUGCCCAGCAUGAAGGCCUACUAUAAAUCUCUUAGUUCCUGCUGCCCCCUGCCACACACACACAUACUCCCGUCCCUCCCACCCUGCCAGAGCCACAGCCCCAGAGCCCCACAGGCUGGCCAGAGACACACAGAGAGUAGAUACAGAGCCCCUAUAUGCCUCUGUGCGUGCAUUCGCGCGUGUGUGCGCAUGCGUGCGUGUGCGUGCGUGCGUGUGCAUGGCUACGUGAGGUCCAAUGCAUGAUAGGCAGGGCCAUUAGCAGCUAGGUGAGAGAGCACCAUGUGACUGGGCUUGGAAUUCUGGGCCUGGCCCUCUCUGCUUGGCGAACACAGUGUGUGUGGCACACACACAGCGUCUUCUCCUCAGCUCGACCACAUCUUAGAGGACUGCCCCGUCUGACGGUCCGUGUGUGUCAGUCUGUCCGUCCACCUUUUCACCCAUCCGUCCAUCCAUCUCUCCAUCCUUCUCUAUGGAUCGUAGUCCAUCUAGGCCCAAGUCUUGGGGCCUGGCUAUGAGCGUGCUGAGGCUACGACACAGAGCCUUCAAAAACAGGUAGAUGAACAGGGAGGGAGGGAGGGGGCAAGAUUAGAUGAUUGGUAGGUCUCUGUGGGAGAGAGGUCUGACUAUCUGUACUGAAUGUGUUGGGGGUUAGAGGUAAAAUGGUAGUAGGAUGGGGGUUUGAAAUAAUUUCACUAUUCAAAUAGUAUCAUUAAUUUUUGUCGGAUAUCCGGAUAUUCGAAAUUCAUGUGUUUUUUAAAACUUAAGUUUUUAACAUGAGCACUGCUGCGCGAGGGAGCGAGGCUGGCACUCUUAUUGCUGCAGCUGUGGAGGGGGUGGUGUGUGAGAUGGGAGCGAGCCGAGCAGACAGAGGGAGAGAGAGAGAUGGAGUAAUGACAGCCAAGGCAGCUCGGCUAAAGCCAAGACUAGCUAACUUGUAGCAGCCACAAUGUUAUUUACCAUCCCAUAUAACAGUGCCUGUCUUGACUGGAGUAGCCUAGAGAAGCUAGCCAGCUAGCUAAGUUAGCCAGCUAUAGCUAGCUAGGCUAAUUGAGGCCACAUGCUGCGCUUUCUCCCCAACCCCAUUCAGAUAAAACAACAGCCUACCUGUUGGUUGUUCGUUGUAGCCUACUCCUUCUCAUUUCACUAACUUUAAAUUUCGUAAUGUUAAUCCAUCUUGCAUUGCAUUAAUGAACGCUCACUCAACUUGCUACACAUUGAGCUACCAGCCUUUUUAUGUGCACAUCAUAAAAACUAAAUUGAAAAGUUUGUUGUUUUAUUUAAUUAAUCAUUUUAAAUGUCAUGGUAUAUCCUUGUAGUAUGUAACAAUGUCAUAUGGAUAUCUUAAUUACAUUUAGAAAGAGCCUUUUCAGUGUUAAAAUAUGCCUCAAAUUUUAGUUUCUCACAAAAAUGAAUACUCACACAAGUAUUCGAAUACUAACGUCCGUUCAAAUAUUUCAGUAACCUUGCACAUCCCUAGAGGGUAGUGAAGGCAUUUUGUGUGUGCGAGUGUGCGCUUGUGUGCAUACGUGCGUCCCACCGUGCGUGCCUGCACUUUUUUGUGGAGGAUGCUGAGCAACCAUGUGACAGUCCAAAUGAAAAAACACAUUCACAAUGGGAUAACAUCUAAACAACGUUGUAUUUAGAUAUCAGGUGGUGAUGUUGCCUCAACAUUGUUACUAUGAAGUCCUGAAAACAUUCAGCCUAAACCCUCACGCAACACUUUAACAACAUUCAUUGGUCAGAUGUUUACUUUUGUACAACCGUAAUGCAAACUGUAAACACCUAGGGAAGGUAAUUGUGUUGUGUAUAGAAUUCCAUCAGAUGCACUAAGAGCAGCCCAGGCUGUGUGUUUCUAUAGAGUGUGUUUCUCUUUCAGAGCUAGCAUGCAGCAGUCUUCCUCCUCUUAUCAGCUUGGAAGUAAUUGACCUCCAUAAUGGCCAUGGCUCCCUUUGACAUCACUGGAUGAAUAUGGAUGUGAAUACACUGUAUGAGUGGUUGAAUGAUACAGUACUUAGUGGUAUUCUGUAGCUAGAUACUGUUUGGGAAUGUGUCUUGAUAUGUGGAAGAAUGUAGCUAUUAUACUGUAACUCUUCAGGGUUGUUUGUGGUCACAUCACGGCCUAGGCGAAUGGCUGGAUGUUCAGCAAUGCAUACACACACGCACAUGAACAUAUAACUUAAAUCCUUUCUACCUCAUUUCUACCAGCAUGUUAAAUGUGCAACCAGAGGAAAAAAAACUCUAGACCACCUUUACUCCAUUUAACAUUUAAAUUUUUUGUCAUUUAGCAGAUGCUCUUAUCCAGAGCGACUUACUCCACACACAGAGACGCAUACAAAGCUCUCCCUCGCCCUCCAUUUGGCAAAUCUGACCAUAACCCUAUCCUCCUGAUUCCUGCUUAUAAGCAAAAACUAAAGCAGGAAGCACCAGUGACUCGGUUAAUAGAAAAGUGGUCAGAUGACGCAGAUGCUAAGCUACAGGACUGUUUUGCUAGCACAGACAGGAACAUGUUCCGGGAUUCUUCAGAUAGCAUUGAGGAGUACAGCACAUCAGUCACUGGCUUCAUCAAUAAGUGUAUCGAUGACGUCAUCCCCACAGUGACCAUACGUACAUACCCCAACCAGAAGCCAUGGAUUACAGGCAACAUCCGCACUGAGCUAAAGGGUAGAGCUGCCGCUUUCAAGGAGCGGGACUCUAACCCGGACGCUUAUAAGAAAUCCCGCUAUGCCCUCCGACGAACCAUCAAACAGGCAAAGAGUCAAUACAGGACUAAGAAUCGUACUACACCGGCUCUGACGCUCGUCGGAUGUGGCAGGGCUUGAAAACUAUUACAGACUACGAAGGGAAGCGCAGCAGCGAGCUGCCCAGUGACACAAGCCUACCAGACGAGCUAAACCACUUCUAUGCUCGCUUCGAGGCAAGCAACACUGAAGCAUGCAUGAGAGCACCAGCUGUUCCGGAUGACUAUAUGAUCACGCUCUCCGUAGCCGAUGUGAGUAAGACUUUUAAGCAGGUCAACAUUCACAAGGCCGUAGGGCCAGACGGAUUACCAGGACAUAUACUCCGAGCAUGUGCUGACCAACUGGCAAGUGUCUUCACUGACAUGUCCCUGACUGAGUCUGUAAUACCAACAUGUUUCACCAUAGUCCCCGUUGCCCAAGGGCACUAAGAUAACCUGCCUAAAUGACUACCAACCCGUAGCACUGACGUUUGUAGCCAUGAAGUGCUUUGAAAGGCUGGUCAUGGCUCACAUCAACACCAUUAUCCCUCAGUUUCCUGUAGUCUACGAUCAGCUCCUUUGUCUUGCUGACAUUGAGGGAGAGGUUGUUGUCCUGGCACCACACUGCCAGGUCUCUGACCUCCUCCCUAUAGGCUGUCUCAUCGUCGUUGGUGAUCAGGCCUACCACCGUCGUGUCGUCUGCAAUCUUAGUGAUGGUGUUGGAGUCGUGCGCGGCCACGCGGUCGUGAGUGAACAGGGAGUACAGGAGGGGACAAAGCACACACACCUGAGUGGCACCCGUGUUGACGGUCAGCAUGGCAGACGUGUUGUUACCUACCCUUACCACCUGGGGGCGGCUCGUCAGGAAGUCCAGGAUCCAGUUGAGGGAGGUGUUCAGUCCCAGGGUCCUUAGCUUAUUGAUGAGCUUGGAGGGCACUAUGAUGUUGAACGCUGAGCUGUAGUCAAUGGACAGCAUUCUGACAUAGGUGUUCCUCUUGUCCAGAUGGGAAAGGGCAGUGUGGAGUGCAAUGGAGAUUACAUCAUCUGUGGAUCUGUUGGGAUAGUAUGCGAAUUGGAGUGGGUCCACGGUGUCUGGGAUGAUGGUGUUGAUGUGAGCCAUGACCAGCCUUUCAAAGCAUUUCAUGUCUACAGAUGUGAGUGCUACAGGGCGAUAGUCAUUUAGACAUGUUUCCUUGGCAUUCUUGGGCACAGGGAUUAUGGUGGUCUGCUUGAAACAUAUAGGUAUUAGAGUCUGGGUCAAUUGCCAGCUGGUCAGUGCAUGCUUUGAGUACGUGUCCUGGUAAUCUGUCUGGCCCUGCGACCUUGUGUUUAAAGGUCUUACUCACAUCGGCUUCGGAGAGCGUGAUCACACAGUUGUCCAGAACAGCUGGUGCUCUCAUCCAUGGUUCAGUGUUGAAUUAAACAGAGGUUACUGUAAUAGCGAGGUUGGUGUGUUUAGUUGGUUAGUGGAACGGUAGUAUAAAGAUUCUGCACAGUAUAUGUUACAGCGCUAAUGGCCGGACUGAAUUUUUCUUAAUAUAUUGUACACAGAGAGAACCAAAAUGGUGAGCUAGGUGUGUGGACAGUAAUGUAUUGCACUGCAGAUCCGUAAUUGCCAAUAUAUGGUAAUUUUUUAGUACAGAUACCUGUAGACUCAGAUCUAUAAUCGUGUGGUAGGUGAGUGGUAAUGCACAGAUUCAUCAUGGCAGGUAUGGAUAGUGUGGGGGCAGUGCUGCGUGACGUCAGGCAGGCAGGCUAUAGCCUGAAAUAGCAGUGAGAUCUCACUUCCCUGUCCUGUGCAGAGCAGCAGACAUACCGGAGGAGAGGAGCGAAUGAGUCAGCUUGCCUAACCUGCUGCUGGAAGAGACUGAUAGGGAUGGAGAGAUAUGGACGGAGAGGGAGAGAGAGAAUUAAAAAAGGUCUUCAUUCAACUACAGUAGCCUAUACUGUAUAUGUCUGUCUUACUUAAUAGUUCUCAGUUUUUCUCAAUUUGUCACUGAGGUGACAGCGACAUUCCAUAACUGAUGCUAAGUUGACUGACAGUUGUGGUCAGGCUUCAAAGUGUUACCCAUAGAGAUCCUAUAAUUUACUGAAUUAUAGGAUCUGUGUUACCGAUAGAAUCCAUAUUCCUUAUUUCUAUGGUAUUACGUACUAGAUGACAACAGUGUGUUCAGUAACCACUAGGUCUAUGUUUCCCAUUUGAAAUGGUUUAACCCCUAGGUGACAUCUGCCUAGAGGUACCAGGAUGUUCAGGUCAGACAUGAUGAUAACAGGCCUAAUCAAUAGGUUACCUAGGUGACAGUGGUGUUCCAUCGCUAUUAAAUGUGUUUGCUUGUUGACAGUCAUGCUCAGUAUUCAGUACGUUACUUUGGUGCGAGGUAAUCAAUAUGUGAAGAUGGUUUUAAGGAUAGACGUUACUGAGUGAACAGGGGUAUACUGAGAUUGUUGUAUCUGAAAUGAAGAGGCACACUGCUGCCUGCAUGAUGAUAUUUAGGCUGUUGACAAGUCUUCAGCUCUCAUAUAUCAACUACUAUUAAACCUUAAAGAUCUUCAUUGCGCACAUACUGAAUAUACAAAACAUUAAAAACAUGACAUAGACCGACCAGGUAAAUCCAGGUGAAGCUAUGAUCCCUUAUUGAUGUCACUUGUUGAAUCCACUUCAAUCAGUGUAUAUGAAGGGGAGGAGAUAGGUUAAAGAAAGAUUUUUAAGCCUUGAGACAAUUGAGACAUGGAUUUUGUAUGUGUGCCAUUCAGAGGGUGAAUGUAAGUGCCUUUGAACGGGGUAUGGUAGUAGGUGCCAGGCGCACCUGUUUGUGUCAAUAACUGCAACGCUGCUGGGUUUUUCAUGCUCAAUAGUUUCCCGUGUGUAUCAAGAAUGGUCCACCACCCAAAGGACAUCCAGCCAACUUGACACAACUGUUGGAAGCAUUGGAGUCAACAUGGGCCAGCAUCCCUGUGGAACGCUUUCGACACCUUGUAGAGUCCAUGUCCUGACGAAUUGAGGCUGUUCUGAGGGCAAAAAGGGGGGUGCAACUCAAUAUUAGGAAGGUGUUCCUAAUGUUUGGUAGAUACUCAGUGUAUUUGGAAGGAACCCAUGGUGUAUACAGUAUGACCAUAUAUCCAAAGAACUGCAUAGGUUUUCACAGACACAGAAUUAGGGAUUUCGAGCUGACAGACAAAGACAGCUUCUUAGCUUUUCUCAUGUCUUUCUCUCCCAUUUAGCAGGGGAAUGAAUGAUUAACAAUGUUGAAUAAUUUUAUAAGUAUCACUGUGCUCUGCUCUGACACGCUCACACUGAGAAGUGAUUUGCUUAAACAACUACUGGUACAUUUCAGUGUGCCUUUCCUCUAGCUUUAUUCCAUUUUUUUCCCUGGAUACUCUGUUCUACUCUCUCUCCAACCUCCAUGUCUCUCAACUCCUAUUCCUUUCCCUGUUUUUAUUGAUGUCUUUUUAUUUAACCCUCAUUUUACCAGGUAAAUUGACUGAGAACACAUUCUCAUUUACAGCAACGACCUGUGGAAUAGUUACAGGGGAGAGGAGGGGGAAUGAAUGAGCCAAUUGGAAGCUGGGGAUGAUUAGGCAGCCAUGAUGGUAUGAGGGCCAGAUUGGGAAUUUUGUAUAAGUGUAUAAGUGAACAUGCUAUCUUUUCUCUAAAGGUCAAAAAAGGCUUUUACAGUGGGGGAAAAAGUAUUUAGUCAGCCACCAAUUGUGCAAGUUCUCCCACUUAAAAAGAUGAGAGAGGCCUGUAAUUUUCAUCAUAGGUACACGUCAACUAUGACAGACAAAAUGAGAUUUUAUUUCUCCAGAAAAUCACAUUGUAGGAUUUUUAAUGAAUUUAUUUGCAAAUUAUGGUGGAAAAUAAGUAUUUGGUCAAUAACAAAAGUUUCUCAAUACUUUGUUAUAUACCCUUUGUUGGCAAUGACACAGGCAGGGACGGCUUGUUCAAUAGGGCGAUAUGGGCGACGCACUGCCAAACGGGAAAAGGAAGGGAUUUUUUUUCUAAUCAAUUAUAUCACGGCAACAGUAGUUAUCAGUGUUGUAAUCUGAUCUGACUGCCACUAAAUGUCAAAUCAGGCUAAAGUCGUGCUUCAAAUGGCCCCGCCCGUUUUUGGGGCGAUUUCAGUCAGGUUGAAAAUCGCCCAGAAGUCUCUCAUAGCCUGUCAUGUAAAAUCUAUUUUUUUUCAAAUUUCAAAGCUCUCAAUGCAUUCUCUAUGGGUGUCUGUGGGCUUGCACUUACGCGCUUUCGUCAUACGUGACUUAACCAUGAACGUAACUAAGACAAUAGCGGCUAGCAGCGUCUCUGUUGCGACCUGCAGUGUGGCGUUAUUUUAUGUUUUUAAUUUGUAGACUUAGUUUACAAACAUUCUGCCAACCAUGGAUUUCCAGUGGUUGGUUUUGGACUGAUCUUGUUGAUCGUGUACAUACCCGCUACGAACGGACUAAAUAAUGAAAACGCUGCUGGCAGCGGAAUCCCAAUACAGCUGGGAGACUUGGCUGGAUGACAGAGUCCCGGACAGAGAAGUGGAGCCGGCCGGCUUCACCCUGGUCAGAGCGGACCGCGAUCCUGGUAAGAGAGCGACUCUGUACCCCGACAUUGAACUGCUUUCUGUUGAACUUGUGUCAUCCGUGAGUUCCCCCAAUUGUUUGUUACCGUUGUGUACUGUUGAUAAUCACAAGUUUACUGGAGAACUGAGACCAAGUAGAGACUUUGGACAGGGUGGAUAUGGUAUAAUAAAGGCAGUUUAUUCAGAGGUAAAGAUAUCUGGAAUCGCGUGCACGGACUCGUUCGUCAAACUCUUAGGGAGAAGAGAGCCCCGAAAACAUUGUGUGCAGACAUUUUAUACAAUAAAUGAUGUAGGUUGAAUCUAGUAGUUCUGAUCUUCUGAUUGGUCCUGAUGAGUUGGGCGAGGUCCCCUCCACUGUUGCAUUGGCUCUGAGUCGGGUUCUCUGUCUUCAAAUGUUCAGCCUAAAGAGAGGGGAUUUGUGUGUGUGUGUGUGUGUGUGUGUUUAACAGUGAUGAUGUGUGUGUGUGUGUGUGUGUUAUCAGUGAUGAUGUGUGUGUGUGUGUGUGUGUGUGUGUGUGUCCUCAGAGCAAGAACUCGUGAGUUGGAAGAACUGAGAGACCUAUGGCGUGGGUGUUGUCCUUGGCCACCUGCUGACAAGGCUGACAAGAUAGGACUCUUUUGUCCAUUGUUAUAGGAUAGGAACAGCAUUGAUUGAAAACAAACGCCCAACACAAAAUGGGUCAUGCACAAGAUUUUAGUCAGACCAAGCUAUAACAUUAUAUAUUUACUACGACAGUACAUUCAACCAAAAGCUAAUAUAACAAAGGCAUCAGAGAUUAUUUAUAAUCUGUCACAGAAACUGGAAUCCAUCUCUCCAGAUCAGUCAAUAAAUGCUUCUGGUAUUGACUUAUAUGCUGCCCCUGUCUUCAUGUUGUUGCUGGACAUAUCUUUUUUAAAAUGUGUGUAGGUCACCUAAAUCAUCAGAAAAAUUGCCCCUCCUGAGAAUUUUUUCAGGAGCCGCCACUGGACACAGGUCAAACGUUUUCUGUAAGUCUUCACAAGGUUUUCACACACUGUUGCUGGUAUUUUGGCCCAUUCCUCCAUGCAGAUCUCCUCUAGAGCAGUGAUGUUUUGGGGCUGUCGCUGGGCAACACGGACUUUCAACUCCCUCCAAAGAUUUUCUAUGGGGUUGAGAUCUGGAGACUGGCUAGGCCACUCCAGGACCUUGAAAUGCUUCUUACGAAGCCACUCCUUCGUUGCCCGGGCGGUGUGUUUGGGAUCAUUGUCAUGCUGAAAGACCCAGCCACGUUUCAUCUUCAAUGCCCUUGCUGAUGGAAGGAGGUUUUCACUCAAAAUGUCACGAUACAUGGCCCCAUUCAUUCUUUCCUUUACACGGAUCAGUCGUCCUGGUCCCUUUGCAGAAAAACAGCCCCAAAGCAUGAUGUUUCCACCCCCAUGCUUCACAGUAGGUAUGGUGUUCUUUGAAUGUAACUCAGCAUUUUUUGUCCUCCAAACACGACGAGUUGAGUUUUUACCAAAAAGUUCUAUUUUGGUUUCAUCUGACCAUAUGACAUUCUCCCAAUCCUCUUCUGGAUCAUCCAAAUGCACUCUAGCAAACUUCAGACGGGCCUGGACAUGUACUGGCUUAAGCAGGGGGACACGUCUGGCACUGCAGGAUUUGAGUCCCUGGCGGCGUAGUGUGUUACUGAUGGUAGGCUUUGUUACUUUGGUCCCAGCUCUCUGCAGGUCAUUCACUAGGUCCCCCCGUGUGGUUCUGGGAUUUUUGCUCACCGUUCUUGUGAUCAUUUUGACCCCACGGGGUGAGAUCUUGCGUGGAGCCCCAGAUCGAGGGAGAUUAUCAGUGGUCUUGUAUGUCUUCCAUUUCCUAAUAAUUGCUCCCACAGUUGAUUUCUUCAAACCAAGCUGCUUACCUAUUGCAGAUUCAGUCUUCCCAGCCUGGUGCAGGUCUACAAUUUUGUUUCUGGUGUCCUUUGACAGCUCUUUGGUCUUGGCCAUAGUGGAGUUUGGAGUGUGACUGUUUGAGGUUGUGGACAGGUGUCUUUUAUACUGAUAACAAGUUCAAACAGGUGCCAUUAAUACAGGUAACGAGUGGAGGACAGAGGAGCCUCUUAAAGAAGAAGUUACAGGUCUGUGAGAGCCAGAAAUCUUGCUUGUUUGUAGGUGACCAAAUACUUAUUUUCCACCAUAAUUUGCAAAUAAAUUCAUUAAAAAUCCUACAAUGUGAUUUUCUGGAUUUUUUUCUCUCAAUUUGUCUGUCAUAGUUGACGUGUACCUAUGAUGAAAAUUACAGGCCUCUCUCAUCUUUGUAAGUGGGAGAACUUGCACAAUUGGUGGCUGACUAAAUACUUUUUUCCCCCACUGUAUAUGUGAAUGUGUGAGACGGUUACCUCCCCAUAAUUAAGGCUGGCCACAAGACAUGCUUUGAUAGGGAUGGGCUUUGGAAAUGUAAUGCAGGGACUCUAAAUGCCUUUGCUGGGUGUGACAGUGGAAGUGUGUGUGUGUUCGUGGAGAGUUAGAGAGAACAGGCUCUUCAGUACUGUAUGUGUUUUGUCUUCCGCACACUACUCUGGCCUUUAUUAGUGGUGUGCAGUUCACGAACGAUUCAUUCUUUUUGAACAACUCUUUUUACUGACUCUAGAGUCAUGAUUCGUUUUUCUGAGUGACUCGUUCAUUUUAGUCAUUUCUUUGACCUGCUGACUGGCCGCGAUGAAUUCUACAGCAGGAUUUAUACGCGCUCAUCCGGCUCUGUGGCUCCGGAGACGUGCUCUGAUCACAAACUGUCUAUCAUGUGCGCACAGAAAAAUAGAUCAUGCAUAGAGAAGAAAAAUACAGAUUUAGAACUGAUAAUUGAUCGCAUGGUGCAAGAAUGAAUGCAAUUAAUUGAUUAUUCAAUGUUAUCGGUGGACACCUUUGUAGAACCAUAACAAACACAUGCCUCUGCUCAAUACUUGAGAACUAAUCGUUUGGGGGGCAGCUGCAGUUCGCAAACGAUAUUGUGCUAAUCUCUCUCGCGGCAGUCAAGCAGAGAGCAUUCCGCCAAGAGUCGUUCACAAUCUAGUUUGGUUGCAGCCGCAACUAGGCUAGAGCUCGUUUCAAAGCUAUCAAUUAAUCAUCUUAUUUGUAUGCCUCUCUCUCUUGUUUGAAGCACACUUUUAUAAGUCUCAGUCACAAAUGACAAUGACAAUAAGCCCCUUACGGUGAAUCAUGAUUCUUUCUAGUUUUUAGUUCAUCAUUCGCCAAGUAUUGGGUCAUGCGUGCUCUGGGCAUUACUGAAUCAAAUGAACGAAAUUAGUCGAAAGAUUAGUUAUUUUGACUGAACGAGUUGAAAACAUCGGAGUCAGUAAAAAAAAACUUCCCAUCACUAGCCUUAAGUGAGUUGAGUUCUGGGCAUGUCCACACACACAGAAAGGUGUUACAGGGUGGAAAAUGCUUCCCACUCUAAUUUACAUGUCUGAGAGAGAGUCCUGUCUGGACCCGCUCAACACACACACACACAGGACAUUCCACAGAGCACCAGGCAGGUCUCUUGCACCCACGCUACCCUGAGGUGGGGCAGUGCUUACACACACAUGGUCACACACACACAUGGUCACACACACACAUGUGAACUCUCUGUUACCAUGUACAGUGCAUUCGGAAAGUAUUCAGACCCCUUGACUGAAAUAUUACAUUUACAUAAGUAUUCAGACCCUUUAAUCAGUACUUUGUUGAAGCACCUUUGGCAGCGAUUACAGCCUUGAGUCUUCUUGGGUAUGACGCUACAAGCUUGGCAGACCUGUAUUUGGGGAGUUUCUUCCAUUCUUCUCUGCAGAUCCUCUCAAGUUCUGUCAGGUUGGAUGGGGAGCGUCGCUGCACAGCUAUUUUCAGGUCUCUCCAGAGAUGUUCAAUCGGGUUCAAGUCCGGGCUCUGGCUGGGCCACUCAAGGACAUUCAGAGGCUUGUCCCGAAGCCACUCCUGCGUUGUCUUGGCUGUGUGCUUAGCGUCGUUGUCCUUUUGGAAGGUGAACCUUCGCCCCAGUCUGAGGUCCUGAGCGCUCUGGAGCAGGUUUUCAUCAAGGAUCUCUCUGUAUUUUGCUCCGUUCAUCUUUCCCUCGAUCCUGACUAGUCUCCCAGUCCCUGCUGCUGAAAACUACCCCACAGGAUGAUGAUGCCACCCCCAUGCUUCAUCGUAGGGAUGGUGUAAGGUUUCCUCCAGAUGUGACGCUUGGCAUUCAGGCCAAAGAGUUCAAUCUUGGUUUCAUCAGAACAGAGAAUCUUGUUUCUCAUGGUCUGAGAGUUGUUUAGGUGCUUUUUGGCAAACUCCAAGCAGGCUGUCAUUUGCCUUUUACUGAGGAGUGGCUUCCGUCUAUCAUAAAGGCCUGAUUGGUGGAGUGCUGCAGAGAUGGUUGUCCUUCUGGAAGGUUCUUCCAUCUCCAUAGAGGAACUCUGGAGCUCUAUCAGAGUGACCAUCGGGUUCUUGGUCACCUCCCUGACCGAGGCCCUUCUCCCCCGAUUGCUCAGAUGGCCGGGCGGCCAGCUCUAGGAAGAGUCUUGGUGGUUUCAAACUUCUUCCAUUUAAGAAUGAUGGAGGCCACUGUGUUCUUGGAGACCUUCAAUGCUGCAGACAUUUUUUGGUACCCUUCCCCAGAUCGGUGCCUCAACACAAUCCGGUCUCGGAGCUCUACGGACAAUUCCUUUGACCUCAUGGCUUGGUUUUUGCUCUGACAUGCACUGUCAACUCUGGGACCUUAUGUAGACAGGUGUUUGCCUUUCCAAAUCAUGUCCAAUCAAUUUAAUUUACCACAGGUGGACUCCAAUCAAGUUGUAGAAACAUCUCAAGGAUGAUCAAUGGAAACAGGAUGCACCUGAGCUCAAUUUCAAGUCUCAUAGCAAAGGGUCUGAAUACUUAUGUAAAUAUGAUAUUUCAGGUUUUUGUUUUUAAUACAUUUGCAAACAUUUCUAAAAACCUGUUUUUGCUUUGUCAUUGUAGGGUAUUUACGGUGUGUAGAUUGAUGAGGAGAAAAAACGAUUUAAUCAAUUUUAGAAUAAGUCUGUAACGUAACAAAAUGUGGAAAAAGGGAAGGGGUCUGAAUACUUUCGAAUGCACUGUAUGUAAUAAUAAUAAUAAUAAUAAUAUGCCAUUCAGCAGAUGCUUUUAUCCAAAGCGACUUACAGUCAUGUGUGCAUACAUUUUUACGAAUGGGUGGUCCCGGGGAUCGAACCCACUACCCUGGCGUUACAAGCGCCAUGCUCUACCAAUUGAGCUACAGAGGACCACUCUAUGUACACACUAUACACACUCCAGUUGUAACCUAUUGUAACCUAUUGUAACCAGUUGUAACCACACUAUGUACACACUAUACAAACUCCAGUUGUAACCUGCAACCUCAAUACCUCUCUCUCACCCUGUGGGUUCUUGUGCUGUAAUUACACUGCUUAUACCAAUGUGACAGUCAACCAUCUAGAAAACCAACAGCCACAAAAUAAACCGUUAAUGCAUUUGUCCUGAGGAGAAAGUAGCUAGCUGUAUUCUCCUACUGCUGUGUCAGCUGGCUUCAGCCUGGUCUGGUAUGUCUGCAAUGAGGAGAAUGGCAGACAGUGAUUAGCUUUGUUAGCUGCUGUGGCUACAUCCAAAAUGGCACCCUAUUCCCUACAUAGUGCACUGCUGUUGGUGGGCCCUGGUCAAAGGCGCUAUUGGGACAUAACCUAAGGUUUAGUUGUGAAGGCGCUGUUGUUGGUAAUCACCGGGGCUUUCCAUGCACUCAGAAACACUCUGGUUCUGUUGUUGCUGUUAUGUGUAUGAGGGCAUGGUGACAGUGGUGGAUGGUGACAGUGAUAAACACACACCCACACGCGUGUGUGCUAGGAUGUGAAUUGUUCCCUGCAGCCUCUGGUAUGUAUAUUUUCAGUGCAUGUACAAUAUGACUAAACACACACACACACACACAUAUACACACACAUUUUCAUGCACUAAUAUACACAUGCACGUACACCGACACUGGAGUGGGCUGAUUUCUGCUGUAGUGGGCUCAGAGUUAUUGUGGCUAAGUGUGUGUAUGGCAGGCUCAAGCAUAAAAGCACUAAGCUUGUGGAAGUGAUCUAUGAUACAGUACGUGACUGGUUUGGUUAAGGAGCAUCUUGCUGCAAGGGCACAGAUCAAAGCACGGAGUGUGUGUGUAUGUGUGAGUGUGUGUGUAUGUGUAUGUGUGUGUGUAUGUGUGAGUGUGUGUGCGUACAUAGCCUGUGUGUGUGUGUGUGUGUGUGUGUGUGUGUGUGUGUGUGUGUGUGUGUGUGUGUGUGGACGUGUUUAACUAGAAGUCCCCACAAGAAUAGUAAACAAACAAAAAUUUGACCAGCUGGGGACAUUUUGUUAGUCCCCAUGAGGUCAAAUGCUUUUUCUAGGGGGUUUAGGGUUAAGGUUACAAUUAGUGUUUGGGUUAGAAUUACGUUAAGGGUUAGGGUUAGGAGCUAGGGUUAGGUUUAGGGUUAGGGGUUAGGGAAAAUAAGAUUUUGAAUGGGACUGAAUUGUGUGUCCUCACAAGGUUAGCUGUACAAGACUGUGUGUGUGUGUGUGUGUGUGUGUGUGUGUGUGUGUGUGUGUGUGUGUGUGUGUGUGUGUGUGUGUGUGUGUCUCUGUCUCUGUCUCUGUCUCUGUCUCUGUGCGUGCAUGUGUGUGUGCAAGUAUGGAGGAAUCUCAAUGCUAAGUGUCUGUGUUGUCCUUCUCAGACGGCUGUGCUUUAUUAGACGUUAGAGGAACCUUGUGUUGUCCUAGCUAGUUGCCACGUUAACUCUUCAUGGCGUCGAUUCUUCCUGCUCCACAGUUUCUAUGGCAACGCACCGACCGUGAGGCUCCAUCAUGUGUCUGUGCCUGUGAACAGGAUUUAUCACAGUGUGUGUGUGUGCGUUUGUUUGUGUUCGUUUUUACUCAAGCGUUUGAUUGUAUUUCCGAUAUUUUGAGCUGAAUCUAUUAGCCGGGCACUGACACAGUUCACACUAUUUAUUUAGCAUUCAUAACUCACACCCUUACAGCUAUUACUGAGGAUGCCACUGAAAUAGCAAUGUUCAGAGAUAGUAGAACAACAUAUUGUGCUUCUGACUCAUCUGAUUCAGAUAUUGAACAAUGCUUUUUAUAUUAAUGUUAAGUCAUCUAAUCAUGUACGCUUAUGUUUCUGGUGGUGUCCUCAUUGAUGCUCAGGAACUGGUAGCCAAACACUAAACAUACAGGAGCUAAUAUUGAAUACUAUAUUGAAUAGAAAGCAGCACAUCCACUCAGGCUGGAAAGAGAAUCCACACACUGUCUUAUUGAUGAGAGACUAAGCUCUUAAAAAUACAGCAUACUUUUUUUAGUUCCAGUUCCAGUCCUUUCAGAUUUGAGAACACCAAAGGGCUAGGGGCUAGGGGAAGGGAGGGUUAGGAGAGGAUAGGGGCUAGGGGAACGGGAUAGGGGCUAGGGAAGGGAUAGGAGGCUAGGGGGGAAGGGUAGGGGAUAGGGGAAGAGCUAGGGGGAGGGGAAGGGAUAGGGGUUAGGAGAGGGGGAUAGGGGCUAGGGGAAGGGACUAAGGCUAUGGGGAAGGGAUAGGGGCUAGGGGAAGGGAUAGCGGGCUAGGGAAGGGAUAGGGCUAGGGGAAGGGAUAGGGGCUAGGGGCAGGGAUAGGGUUCAGGCCGGAGGGAAGGGGGUAGGAGAAGGGAUAGGGGAUAGGGGAAGGGGAUAGGGCUAGGGGAGGGGUUAGGGGAAGGAUAGGGGUAGGGGAAGGGAUAGGGGUAGGGAAGGAUAGGGGCUAGGGGAAGGGAUAGGGGCUAGGGGAAGGGAUCGGGGUAGGAGAAGGGAUAGGGGCUAGGGGAAGGGAUAGGGGUUAGGGGAAGGGAUAGGGGCUAGGGGAAGGGAUAGGGGCUAGGGGAAGGGAUAGGGGCUAGGGGAAGGGAUAGGGGUUAGGGGAAGUGAUAGGGGCUAGGGGAAGGGAUAGGGGUUAGGGAAAUGGAUAGGGGAUAGGGGCUAGGGGAAGGGAUAGGGGUUAGGGGAAGGGAUAAGGGUUAGGGGAAGGGAUAGGGGUUAGGGGAAGGGAUAGGGGUUAGGGGAAGGGAUACGGGCUAGGGGGAGGGAUAGGGGUUAGGGGAAGGGAUAGGGGCUAGGGGGAGGGAUAGGGGUUAGGGGAAUGGAUAAGGGAUAGGGGUUAGGGGAAGGGAUAGGGGUUAGUGGAAGGGAUAGGGUUUAGGGGAAGGGAUAGGGGUUAGAGGAAGGGAUAGGGGCUAGGGGAAGGGAUAGGGGUUAGGGGAAGGGCUCCAAGAUGGAAUCUGGUCUUAAAGCGAAAUGACAUCCAGCUAUGAACAUCUGUUCGACCGCAGUGAUGAUUAAUGUGUAAUUGUUGUGAGUGCACAAACCAAUUCAGGUUGUAACAGUAUUUAUCUCUCUCUUUCUCUCUCUCUCUCUCUCUCUCUUUCUAUCUCUUCCUCUCUCUCUCUCUCUCUCCAUCAGGCCUGAGACCCAGCAAAAAGCCCCGGUGUCUGCCCACCCUCCCCCGCCUCCCCCUCCACCCCCUCCUGAGCCUGCCGUCCCCCCAGAGCCAGAGGAGGAGAUCCUAGGCUCUGACGAUGAGGAGCAGGAGGACCCCGCAGACUACUGCAAAGGUGGGGGGAGACAACACACAUACACUGUACACACACACCUAUGACAAUCACACAUAUCACUCAUCUCCUUCCCCUUUCUCUCUACCUUUUGGACACAUACUCUCUCUCUCUCUCUCUCACUCACUCACUCACUCACUCACUCACUCACUCACUCACUCACUCACUCACACACACACACACACACACACACACACACACACACACACACACACACACCAUAAACACACAGGCAUGCACACAUGCCCUCUUACAGCACCCCCUCCCCAGACACGCAGCCCUUACCCAUACCCCAAUACACUUAAGCCCAUAUCUCGUUCUCCUCUUUCUCUCUCUCUCUCUCUCUCUCUAUCUCUCUCUCUCUCUCUCUCUCUCCUCUCUCUCUCUCUCUAUCUCUCUCUCUCUCAUCUCUCUCUCUCCUCUCUCUCUUCUGCCUCUCUCUCUCUCUCCUUUAUCUUCCCUGGGUUCUAAUGUAAUUUGCAGCAGUGUGACUCUAGCCAGCAGCUCUGUAGGCUUGGCACCAGCACCGAGGCUCAAGGUUGUUGUCUGUGCCAAGAGGGAGUGGCCUCUUCACUGAGGAGACACAUAGCUCUAAGGAACUAGUGAGACUCUUCUCCCGUAGGGUUUACGUCUGUCUUUCUCCCCAUCGCUCUACCGCUCUUUCUCUCAUUCGUCCUCUAUAUCCCUCUCCCAUAGGGUUUCACAGGACUGGCUGAAGACUGAAGAUGCUGUCUCUAUGUCUCUCUUCCUCUAUCGUCCUCUUAUUUAUCUUUCUUAAUCCUCUUUCACACCCCCUUCCUCCCACUAAUGGAAUCGUUUCAGAUUGGCUCUAAGUAUCAGUACCUUGAUUGUCUAGGUCCACUGGUCUCUCUUUCUUCAACAGUAUCUCUCGCCCUCUCUUCCUCCCUCUCUCUCUUGCUCUCUCCCCCCUCCCUCUCCCUCUCCCUCUCUCUCUCUCUCUCAGGUGGAUACCAUCCGGUGAAGAUAGGGGACUUGUUCAACGGGAGGUACCACGUGAUCCGCAAGCUAGGCUGGGGUCACUUCUCCACCGUAUGGCUGUGCUGGGACAUCCAGUGAGUCACACACACAAACACACAUACACACACGUGCAUAUAUCUUAUCUUAUCUUACACACAUGCAUACACAUACACCUGAGUCAGAUGGGUUACCGCGGUUACCAACUCAUCGCCAUGACAACGGCUGCACUCCUAUACCGUGACACAGUAGACAGUAGCAGCAGCUGCAGUGUGAUGACACAUAGUGCCAAAGUGUUAACCACACUGAUGUAUAACAGUAUCAGUGUCAGAAUAUCACCUUUCACUAGGUUCCAUCACACAGCUGGCCCAUAUACUGACUUAGCCCUAAUUCAGUCACUUACACAGUAAAAGAAAACCCCCGCUGCGUGUUCAGUCAUAAUGUUUUUGCUAUAACGGAGGUGUUAACCAUGUUAAAAUCAACAUACACUAUACGCUGAUCCUCACAUGGACAUUGUCAUUGGAGAUGAAACCAUUACCAGUAAGCAUCACUCCCGCAGUGCGUUUUGCUUUUAUCUGGGAUUGAUUCGUUCAAGUCCAGUGUUGAAUGACUAGCUCUGUUGUAGUCCAUAAUGUUGUGAUAUGGAUGACACUGUAUGUGACACUGUUUGUUGUUUCAGGGUGAAGAACUUCGUGGCGAUGAAGGUGGUGAAGAGUGCUCAGCACUACACGGAGACAGCCCUGGAUGAGAUCAAACUGCUAAGAUGUGUGAGGAGGGGACUCUGGGUCAUCAACAUUUGUGGGAGAUGAGUGUGUGUGUGUUUCCCCAUGCCUCUCACACCUCUCUCACACACCCUCCUUCCUCAUCUCUCUGUGUUUUGUCAUUCCUCUCCAGGUGAGAGAGAGUGACCCCUCUGACCAAAACAAAGAAAUGGUGGUUCAGCUGAUAGACGACUUCAAGAUCUCUGGAAUCAAUGGAAUACGUAUCCUUGUCAGAAGAGGGUGUGUGUGUGCGUGUGUGCGUGCGUGUGUGUGCGUACGUGUGUGUCAGGGUUUCUGUUAGCCGGUAAAAAACGGCUUUUGGGAAAAUCCGAUAAAUAAAAUUGCCGCCUGCCAAUUGUCUGGUAAAAGAAGUCAAAAUCCCAUUGCGAAUUAAUGCUUUUUAGCCUAUUCAUUGAUAAAAAUACCAGUCGAUGUAAAUACAUUUGACUGGUCAUGCUUAUCGGUCUAUAGGGCAAUUUGCAUAUUUUUGUGGAAUUAAAUUGUCAUGUGUGUACAGUAUAUUUGUUAGGUACCUUAUUUAUCACACACAUACAGCAUACAGAUAGAGAGCCUUUGAGCGGAACAGGAAAUGCAUAGAAAGUCAGGCUUCAUCAGCACGUCACACACCACUUUGCAAUGAGCUGGAUGCAGUAUGCAUUUUGAAAACAUGUACUUAACUGUUUGAAACCUGAAUGUUUUACUACAUAUUAUGAGGCAUGUCUUACCUUGCUUCAAAGUAGUCUAGCCAAAAUCAGACCAUAUCCGUGGAGGCAAUUCUUUUAUAUAAACUUUCUUUCAUUGUCCAGUAGCGAAAGGCACAAUCCUAGUCAUAUUAGCAACCCAUGCUAAUUGUUGCAUAUUAGAUCUCCCCUCUUUCUAAAUUUCGAACUUAUAUUUUCAUCUCUGUCCAUGAAACCGUUCGCAUGUGCGGUUCACUUUGACGAUGGUGUUUUCCCGCUAGUUGCAUUAUGGAACGAACAUUCGCGCGUAUCCUACUGCCUUAUGCGCAUUACUGCGCUUAUAAUGUGAAGAAAUAAUAGUUUAACAUUUUAAGCUAAACGUUCUGAUCUGUUGCGUCAGACUCAUUGCUUUUGAACAUAUUUAUUUUAUGUAGCCUAGGCCUACUGGUUGUGUGAAUUUGGGAACUAUCGUCUCUCAACUGUCCCAGAGUCUGUUUGGAAUAGUCUUUUUCGACAAGCUGACCAAUAGAAUAGGUAAACCUUUCUGCUAUGAGGGAUAGUAGAUUGACAUAGGCUAGUGAUUUUGCUGUUCGUUACUCGUCUUAUUGGCUGAGGAAAAGUAUAUGUGGACAGUUAUUCUAACAUCUUCAAAGUGCGCAUCUGAAUUCGGUAAGAAGGACCGCACAUCGUUGCAUCCUCCACAUGCAUGAUCUGUAAUAUGAAUUACCAUAAUAUAAAUGUGAUUUCUGUCAUUCUGAGCACCAUGGGUGGACGCCUUAAUCAGGUAUGCACCCAAUGCAUAUGGGUCCGGUACAUUUCUCAGAUGUCCGGUUAAUUAAAAUGCUGCGAGUUAAAUGUCCAGCGCUGCAUUUUCCUAACAGAAACCCUGGUGUGUGGGUGUAUUCAUCAGUGUAGUAACAGGGUGCAUGCAUCUCUUUCUGUUUGUUACCUAUGACUUCCUCUAUGUGUAUUAUAAAGCUGUGAUCCUCCUUGACCAGCUGUCCCAGAUGUGUGUAUGGUGUUUGAGGUUCUGGGGCACCACCUUCUGAAAUGGAUAAUCAAGUCCAACUACCAGGGCCUUCCUCUACCCUGUGUCAAGAGUAUUAUCAAACAGGUAUGCCACACAUACAUACACACACACACACACACACACACACACACACACACACACACACACACACACACACAUCCUCAUCAAUAUCCUUUCACACACACAUAUUCACAUACACACCUCACAUUCACUUCCAUAAACACUCUUAUUUAGCACCAACAGAGAGGAACACUAGUGAUUUUCCCAGCCAAAGGCAGUACCUCAGGCCAGGCCAGGUUAGUACGUUGUUGACUUCUCAAGGCCUUCACAGGCAUUUCCCCUUCCCCUUAAGAGCAGAGCAGCAUGUGAACUAAACGUAUCCCCUCGUCUCUGCUGCUGCUCAUGCAAGUAAGCCGCUGCUCUUCCUACUUGAAAGGCCCACUGAAGAUGAAUAGAAACUGUUCUCAACUUCAAUGCAAAGCCCCUGAAAACAAACACUGGCGAACGUGCACCCACACGCACACACACACACACACGCACACACACACAAGCGCGUACACACAACAAACAAAAAAACAACAGCAGCCGUGUCCCAAAUGGAAGAUGACUAAGAUGAAAGGAAUGGUUAAAUGAGCGUUGUGAGAACAUCGGUGCGUGUUUAAUCUGUGAUGGGUGUGUUUUUGUGUGUGUGUGUGUUUGGGAUGCUUGUGUUCCUGUGUGUGUAGGUGUUGCAGGGCCUGGACUACCUCCACAGCAAGUGUAAGAUCGUCCACACGGACAUCAAGCCGGAGAACAUCCUGAUGUGUGUGGACGAUGCGUUUGUCCGCCGUAUGGCCGUGGAGGCCACAGAGUGGCAGAAGGCUGGGGCACCCCCGCCCUCUGGAUCUGCAGGUAGGGUACAGACCAGUGGGCACUGCCCACCUCCCCUCACUCACUCUCUGUAGAAUAUCUGAAUAAUUAUAACCCCAAAUCACAGUUUUUCAUAAACCAUCUGGCAAACUUUGAAGUUGAACUAUCCCUCUAAGCUACUGUAUAUACAAAUAGCAGUGGUGGAAAAAGAACUCAGUUGUCAUACUUUAGUAAAAGUAAAGAUACCUUAAUAGAAAAUGACUCAAGUAAAAGUGAAAGUCACCCAGUAAAAUACUACUUGAGUAAAAGUAUUUGGUUUUUAAAUAUACUUAAGUAUCAAAAGUAAAUGUCAUUGCUAAAAUAUAUUUAAAUAUCUAAAGUAAAAGUAUAAAUCAUUUCAAAUUCCUUAUAUUAAGCAAACCAGAAGGCACCAUUUUCUUGUAUUUUUAAUUUACGGAUAGCCAGGGGCACACUCCAACACUCAGACAUAAUUUACAAACGAAGCAUUUGUGUUCAGUGAGUCUACCAGAUCAGAGGCAGUAGGGAUGACCAGGGAUGUUCUCUUGAUAAGUGUGUGAAUUGGACAAUUUACCUGUCCUGCUAAGUGUUCAAAAUGUAACGAGUACUUUUGGGUGUCAGGGAAAAUGUAUGGAGUAAAAAGUACAUUAUUUUCUUUAGGAAUGUAGUGAAAUAAAAGUAAAAGUUGUCAAAAAUAUGAGUAGUAAAGUACAUAUACCCAAAACAGAUACCCACUUAAGUAGUACUAUAAAGUGUUUUUACCUAAGUACUUUACACCACUGCCAAAUAGUUAGUUAUAGUGUAGCCUUGUCCUCAUUUCAGACUGAAGUGUUUUGGGAGUUAAACAGUGAAUAGUGAAUUUAAAAAUAAGUACUUGUGACUGUUCUUCCCUAAUCCCGUGUAGAGAUCUGUACUUGACCUCAGGUUCAGUCUUUGUUGAAUCAUUACAGUGCACUCUUUGUAGAGGAGUCGUGAGAGUCAAAUCCAUUAUAGACCAUUUGAUUCUUCUUGCUUAAAGACAAGUUAUAUUGCUGGUAUAGGGAAGUCGCUGUCUCACAAUUUCAAUAGUGUGCAGUAUAGUAGUAAGUAUUGGUUCUGAUCAGCAUUGCCCUGAUGUGUAUCAGUAUAUCUGUCACAGCGUUAAUGAAUCUAUUCAUCAAACCGAUGAAUCAAUCAGAUGAAUCAAUCAGUUGGGCAGUCUCUUAGUUUGUUGCUUGAGCUUGCCAACCAAUUGGCUAGAGCUCUUUCCUAGUUUGAUUUGAUUGGCAGAGAGAUUGCUUGAGAGCUCGCGGCUCCACUAAAAGCUAGCUGAUAGUGAUUACGGAAACGUGCCUUUAGCAAGGAGAGAGAGGAGGAAAGGGUGGAAGCAGAGUUGUUAAGCAUUCUUAUCUGGCCAGCGCACUGUUUGCUUCCACUCACAUUCCCCUAUUGUAUUAGGCCUAAUGUUCUUUCAACUUCCCCUUGAAACUUUACUGUUUGUUUGUCCUGUCACGUGUGUGCCACUAGCAGAGUCAGGGGUCAAGUAGUGUCGACAUCACACGGCUGGACACUCAGCUCAACCAAUAGUAUCCCUCUAAAUUUGACAGCUCGUAAGUAGCCAUAAUUCCAUGCCAGAAAUCACUAGGUCUUGUUCCAUACACCGGUAGACACCACAGAAGGUUGGUGGCACCUUAAUUGGGAAGGACGGGCUCGUGGUAAUGGCUGAAGAGACGUAAGUGGAAUGGUAUCAAAUACAUCAAACACAUGGUUUCCAGGUGUUUGAUGCCAUUCCAUUUGCUCCGUUCCAGACAUUAUUAUGAGCCGUCCUCCCCUCAGCAGUCUCCUGUGAUUGACACAUCUUCAGACUCCACUCAGGCUGGAAUGAUGGGGGCUGUAUGUGGGCAUUGCGUAACACAUGGAGAAAAGGUUGAUUACUAUGGAUCUAGGACAAGGGAAUAGAGCUGUCUGGAAUCACUUUGAUGACAUCCUCCUUUCAACUCACAGAGUUCCCCCAAAGAUUCUGUAUGAAGUCUUUAAGAGGGUAUAAAAGAUAUGAGGUCUUAUUCAGGGGUAUAUAUUAUACAAGAGUGAACGGGAUGAUAUGUUUGAAGUUUAACUUUCUCCAGACUGACUUGUAUGACUCUGUUUCAUCCCAACAGUCAGCACAGCACCACAGGCCAAACCAGUGAGUAGUACAAUGUUUUGUAUUCACCUCAUAACAGAGAAAAACCUGAUUAUACUGUCCAAUGUUUUCUAACUAAUUGCAGUCACUCAACAAAUGGGUCAGUGUACCACUGACCCUAAUAGACCCCUCCUCUCAUCCUCUUCCUCUCUCCUCUCCUCUAGGUGGGGAAGAUCUCUAAGAACAAGAAGAAGAAGCUGAAGAAGAAGCAGAAGCGUCAGACCGAGCUGUUGGAGAGACGCAUGCUGGAGAUAGAGGCCCUGGAGAGAGAGGCUGAGAAACUGAGGGCCACAGAGGGCCCCGAUGGUGAGGGGUUGACCCACCCUCCGAAACACACACCCCGCAACGCGGCACUGGGGCCCGCCGUCGCACUGGGCGAGAGCGAUGACGACGAUGAUGACGAUGAAGAGGAUGGAGACGAGGAGGAGGAAGUAGAGACGGAGAGGGAGAGGCCCACCAGGCUAACCAAUCACACCUGUGAGUUGACAUGGUUUGAUUGUCAAUCAGUGUGGUAGUGGUGGUGGUGAUGGAUUUAUAUUCAUUCACUCAAUGUGUUGGUUAUUCACACAUUCAGUAGUGUGUGUGAGUCAGAGCUGUGUGGAAUGGGAGUGAAUGAGAACUGGAGGAGGAUGGGCCAGUCUCCAACCUUUCACACUAGGCCUACUGAGGGGAGCAAUGCCAGGCUGAUUCAUAAACAACUACAGUCUAACCAAAGCUCCAUCUCUCUCUCUCUCUUUCUCCCUCUCUUUCUCCCUCUUUCUUUCUCCUCUCUCCCUCUCUCCCUUCUCUCUUUUUCACUCCUCCACUCUCUCUCCCCCUCUGUCUUUCAGGUGCUGCCCCACCCCAGGAGCAGUCAGAGGUUCCCCCUACGCCAGAGGCAGCAGCAGAGCCAGAGGGGGAGCCCACCCCCAGCCCUACUCCAGAGACAGAGACACAGACCCCCACACCCACCGCCACCACACCUGGGGAUGGCAAGACAGCCAAUCCAGAGGGAGAGGCAGAGGAGGAGGAGGAGGAGGAGGACGAGAAGGAGGAUUGGAAAGAGGCCGUAAAGGAAGAGAAGGAGGAAGAGGAGGAGGAUGGGGAAGACGAUGAAGAGGAUGAAGAGGACUUGGUUACAGCUCCGGCCGAGCCGCCGCCGGCGGUGGAGUUAGAAGAGAAAGAGGAACCAAAGAAGGAGAGGAGAACAGAGGAGGAGAGGAGAACAGAGGAGGAGAGGAGAACAGAGGAGGAGAGGAGAACAGAGGAGGAGAGGAGAACAGAGGAGGAGGUGAAGGGUGAGGAGACCAAGGAGCAGGAAACGGACAAAGAGGAAGAGGAGGACGACGAUGACGAGGACGACGAGGACGACGACGAUGACGACGACGAUGAUGACGAUGAUGCCGAUGUAACAGAGACGGGCGCUGACGACCUCAGCAACUCCAUCUCCACCGCCAUGGGCCAGAACAACAACACCACCAAAACCAACGGCCACGUCCUACUGGGGGGUGAGGAGAGGGAGAGGGAGAGAGGUCCCAGAGCCAGCCAUCCAGCCCCAACCUCCUCCCCCAUCCCUCUGCACUGCCCCCUGGUGGAGUCAGAGUUCAGCUGCACGGACAGGGACCAAAGCUCCCUCAGCUCCUCCUAUGAGCUCUUCAACGGCGAGGUGGUCACGCCAGGCCUGACCAACGGGGCACAGCGCCACAGGGGCACGGCGCCACGCUUCCCCGAGCUGCCCCUGGACCCGGGAAGCCCCGUCACAGUGGGCGGAGCUGGUCACCCAGGGGCCGGGACCUCCCCUCACAGCCCCACUGCAGACCGCAGCCGUACUGUGUCAUUGUCUAGCACCGGGGACACGCCUAAAGGUGAGACAUUUCUCCCUUUCACUCUCUCUCUUUCUCUCUUAUAUGCACAACACAGAUGUGCAUAUACAGUACAUGGAGUCACAGAGACACACAUUUUCUGUACAUAAUCUGCAUGUCCUUCUCGACAACAUUAACCCGUUUAUCUAAACUAGAUGAUGUGGUUCUAGCCAAGGCCAAAGCAGCAGACCUGCUGGUUAACCCUCUGGACCCCCGCAACGCUGACACACUCCGAGUCAAGAUAGCUGACCUGGGCAACGCCUGCUGGGUGGUAAGACGUGUGUGUGUAUGUAUGUGCGUGUGGUGUUUUACAAUAAAAACAUUUGCAUAAUAAACAAUAGUAGUUAAACUUAAAGCCUUUAGCCGUAUCCUUAUUCUAGUCCUCCUCUGUUCCUCUGGUGAUGUAGAGGCUAACCCAGGCCCUGCAGCCCUCAGUAUCACUCCUACUCCCCAGGCGCUAUCAUUUGUUGACUUCUGUAAUCGCAAAAGCCUUGGUUUCUUGCAUGUUAAUAUCAGAAGUCUCCUUCCUAAGUUUGAGUUAUUCACUGCGUUAGCACACUCCGCCAACCCUGAUGUUCUAGCAGUGUCUGAAUCCUGGCUUAGGAAGGCCACCAAAAAUUCUGAGAUUUCCAUCCCCAACUAUAACAUUUUCCGUCUAGAUAGAACUGCCAAAGGGGGUGGAGUUGCAAUCUACUGUAGAGAUAGCCUGCAGAGCUCUAUCAUACUAUCCAGGUCUGUGCCCAAACAGUUUGAGCUUCUACUUCUAAAAAUCCAACUUUCCAGAAAUAAGUCUCUCACUGUUACCGCUUGCUACGACCCCCCUCAGCCCCCAGCUGUGCCCUGGACACCAUAUGUGAAUUGAUUGUGCCCCCUGGUUGGGACUCUAUUUUAUCCAGAGUGUGCAGUCAUGGUUUGUGUUCUAUGUUGGUUCUUUUUUGUUACUGUGUUUCAAUGACCCCAAUCAGGUAACGAGUGUCACGUUCGCUCGUUAUCUCUGAUUGGAGCCCUAUUUAUUUCUGCUUUUCCCUCCAUGCUGGUGCCUUUUGUUUCCGUACGUGAUGCACCGUGAACUCAUGAUCGGGUUAUGUUUGUCGUGCUUAACUAAAAUCACUGUUACUCAACACGCUGCCUUGUCUAUUCACACGACACACAGAAAAACCACCUACCAAGACCAAGCAGCGUGUCCAGGAGCCGAGGGUCUGGACCUGGGAAGAGCUUUUGGACGGUAAAGGGUCCUGGACGUGGGAGGAGAUCCUUGACGGCAUGGAUCACCGUCCAUGGAGCGAGACAGAGGAGAGGCGACGGCAAGAGGAGCAACGGCGUCAAAAGGGCCAUCGUCGGAUGAAGGAGAGGCAACCCCAAAAAGUUUUUGGGGGGGGGCACAUGGCUUGGGCGACGGAGCAGCAGGAGGCUGCCACAAGGGAGAGUCAGAAGGCGGCCAGGUUAAGGGGGCUGACGGAGGCAGAGAAGGGUAGGAUUCAGUGGGCUACCAGGUCAAGGGGGCUACUGGGUAAAGCAGAGAGGGAAGGUGUUGAGGCACGGCGUGAGGUACUGGGGUGUGUAACCAGUUCGGUCCGGCCCGUUCCUGAUCCUCGGUUGAGGCCAGUGGUGUGUGUUCCCGGUAUGGACCGGCCUGUUCCUACUCCACGCACCUGGGAUACGGUGCGCUUCGCCAGCCCGGCCCGGCCUGUUCCGGCCACUCGCACCAGGGAUACGGUGCGCGUCGCCAGCCCAGCCCGGCCUGUUCCUGCUCUCCGCACUAGGCGUGAGGUGAGUCCCCAGGGUCCAGCAUGCCCUGUUCCGGCUCCCCGCACUAGGCGUUAUGGGAGUCCCCAGGGUCCAGCAUGCCCUGUUCCGACUCCCCGCACUAGCCCUGAGAUGCGUGUCCUCAGCCCGGUACCUCCAGUUCCGGCACCACGCAACAGGCCUACGGUGCGCCUCAGACGGCCAGAGUCUGCCGUCUGUCCAACGGGGCCUGAACUGUCCGUCUGCCCAACGGGGUCUGAACUGCCCGUCUGCCCAACGCCGUCUGAACUGCCCGUCUGCCCAACGGCGCCUGAACUGCCCGUCUGCCCAACGGGGCCUGAACUGUCCGUCUGCCCAACGGGGUCUGAACUGCCCGUCUGCCCAACGCCGUCUGAACUGCCCGUCUGCCCAACGCCGUCUGAACUGCCCGUCUGCCCAACGGCGCCUGAACUGCCUGUCGGCCCAACGCCGUCUGAACUGUCCGUCUGCCCAACGCCGUCUGAACUACCCGUCUGUACAGAGCCUACAAAGCCGCCCGUCUGCCAUGAGCCUUCAGAGCCGUCCGCCAGAUCGGAGCCGCUAGAGCUCUCCGCCAGACAGGAUCAGCCAGAGCCUUCCGCCAGACAGGAUCAGCCAGAGCCUUCCGCCAGACAGGAUAAGCCAGAGCCUUCCGCCAGACAGGAUCAGCCAGAGCCUUCUGUCAGACAGGAGCAGCCAGAGCCUUCCGCCAGACAGGAGCAGCCAGAGCCUUCCGUCAGACCGGAUCAGCCAGAGCCUUCCGCCAGACGGGAUCAGCCAGAGCCUUCCGCCUGCCAUGAGCAGCCAGAUCCGUCAGCCAGCCAUGAGCAGCAGGAUCCGCCAGAGCCAGCCAGCCAGGAUCGGCCAUUCAGUCCGGAGCUGCCCCUCAGUCCGGUGCUGCCACUUAGUCAGGUACUGUUCCUUAGCCUGGUGCUGGUCCUUAGUCCGGUGCUGGUCCUUAGCCCGGUGCUGCCCCUUAGCCCGGUGCUGCCCCUUAGCCCGGUGCUGCCCCUUAUCCCGGUGCUGGUCCUUAGUCCGGUGCUGCCCCUUAGUCCGGUGCCGCCCCUUAACCCAGUGGGGUGUAGUUGGGGGGUGGUAAUGUGUAGGAGGCUAAGUAAGUGGGUAAUGACUAUGGUGGGGUGGGGACCACGACCUGGGCCAGAGCCGCCACCUGGACAGACGCCCACCCAGACCCUCCCCUAGACGGUAUGCUGGUGCGCCCGGAGUGCGCGCCUUUAGGGGGGGGUACUGUCACACCCUGGUGUUGGGACUCAUUAUUGUUUAUCCAGGGUGUGUGCAGUCUAUGUGUUUGUGUUCUAUGUUGGGUGUCUAGGUUGUUGUUUUUCUAGGUUUGUUCAAUGACUCCCAAUCGGAGGUAACGAGUGUCAGCUGUUCGGCUCGUUAUCUCUGAUUGGGAGCCAUAUUUAUUUCUGUAUGUUUUCCUGUGGGGUUGUGGGUUUUUGUUUCCGUGUUGCAUUCAGCAUUGAACUUCACUUUCGUCUAUUUUGGUUUAUUGUUUUCGAUCGUGGUUUCUUUAAUAAAUAAAAGUCUACGAUGUUCGCUCAACACGCUGCGCUUUGGUCUCAUCCUUCAGACGAUCGUGACAGAUUGCCCCCCAUUUAUCCUCAGAGGUCGUACUGCUUGGUGACCUAAAUUGGGAUAUGCUUAACACCCCGGCCAUCCUACAAUCCAAACUAGAUGCCCUCAAUCUCACACAAAUUAUCAACGAACCUACCAGGUACAACCCUAAAUCCGUAAACAUGGGUACCCUCAUAGAUAUCAUCCUGACUAACUUACCCUCUAAAUACACCUCCGCUGUCUUCAACCAGGAUCUCAGCGAUCACUGCCUUAUUGCCUGCGUCCGUAACGGGUCCGCGGUCAAACGACCACCCCUCAUCACUGUCAAACGCUCCCUAAAACACUUUAGCAAGCAGGCCUUCCUAAUUGACCUGGCCCAGGUAUCCUGGAUGGAUAUAGAUCUCAUUCCGUCAGUAGAGGAUGCCUGGUUGUUCUUUAAAACUAAUUUCCUCUCAAUCUUAAAUAAACAUGCCCCAUUCAAAAAAUACAGAACUAAGAACAGAUAUAGCCCCUGGUUCUCCUCAGACUUGACUGCCCUUGACCAGCACAAAAACAUCCUGUGGCGUACUGCAUUAGCAUCAAAUAGCCCCCGCGAUAUGCAACUUUUCAGGGAAGUUAGGAACCAAUAUACACAAGCAGUCAGGAAAGCAAAGGCUAACUUUUUCAAACAGAAAUUUGCAUCCUGUAGCACUAACUCCAAAAAGUUUUGGGACACUGUAAAGUCCAUGGAGAAUAAGAGCACUUCCUCCCAGCUGCCCACUGCACUGAGGCUAGGAAACACUAUCACCACCGAUAAAUCUACAAUAAUCGAGAAUUUCAACAAGCAUUUUGCUACGGCUGGCCAUGCUUUCCACCUGGCUACCACUACCCCGGCCACCAACUCUGCACCCUCCGCUGCAACUUGCCCAUGCCCCCCCCCCCCCCCCCCGCUUCUCCUUCACACAAAUUCAGACAGCUGAUGUUCUGAAAGAGCUGCAAAAUCUGGACCCCUACAAAUCAGCUGGGCUAGACAAUCUGGACCCUUUCUUUCUAAAACUAGCCGCCGAAAUUGUCGCAACCCCUAUUACUAGCCUGUUCAACCUCUCUUUCGUAACGUCUGAGAUCCCCAGAGAUUGGAAAGCUGCCGCGGUCAUCCCCCUCUUCAAAGGGGGUGACACUCUAGAUCCAAACUGUUACAGACCUAUAUCCAUCCUGCCCUGCCUUUCGAAAGUAUUUGAAAGCCAAGUUAACAAACAGAUCACCGACCAUUUCGAAUCCCACCGUACCUUCUCCGCUAUGCAAUCCGGUUUCCGAGCUGGUCAUGGGUGCACUUCAGCCACGCUCAAGGUCCUAAACGAUAUUAUAACCGCGAUCGAUAAUAGACAGUACUGUGCAGCCGUCUUCAUCGACCUGGCCAAGGCUUUCGACUCUGUCAACCACCGCAUUCUUAUUGGCAGACUAAAUAGCCUUGGUUUCUCAAAUGACUGCCUCACCUGGUUCACCAACUACAUCUCAGAUAGAGUUCAAUGUGUCAAAUCGGAGGGCCUGUUGUCUGGACCUAUGGCAUUCUCUAUGGGGGUACCACAGGGUUCAAUUCUUGGGCCGACUCUUUUCUCCGUGUAUAUCAAUGAUGUCGCUCUUGCUGCUGGUGACUCUCAGAUCCACCUCUACGCAGACGACACCAUUUUGUAUAUAUCUGGCCCUUCAUUGGACACUGUGAUAACAAACCUCCAAACGAGCUUCAAUGCCAUACAACACUCCUUCAGUAGCCUCCAACUGCUCUUAAACACUAGUAAAACGAAAUGCAUGCUCUUCAAUCGAACGCUGCUGGCACCCGCCCACCCGACUAGAAUCACUACUCUCGACGGGUCUGACCUAGAGUAUGUGGACAACUACAAAUACCUAGGUGUCUGGUUAGACUGUAAACUCUCCUUCCAGACUCACAUUAAGAAUCUCCAAUCCAAAGUUAAAUCUAUAAUCGGCUUCCUAUUUCGCAACAAAGCCUCCUUCACUCAUGCUGCCAAACAUGCCCUCGUAAAACUGACUAUCCUACCAAUCCUUGACUUCGGCAAUGUCAUUUACAAAAUAGCCUCCAACACUCUACUCAGCAAAUUGGAUGUAGUCUAUCACAGUGCCAUCUGUUUUGUCUCCAAAGCCCCAUACACUACCCACCACUGUGACCUGUAUGCUCUUGUUGGCUGGUCCUCACUACAUGUUCGUCUUCAAACCCACUGGCUCCAGGCCAUCUAUAAAUCACUGCUAGGCAAAUCCCCGCCUUAUCUUAGCUCAUUGGUCACCAUAGCAGCACCCACCCGUAGUCUGCGCUCCAGCAGGUAUAUCUCACUGGUCAUCCCCAAAGCCAACACCUCCUUUGGCCGCCAUUCCUUCCAGUUCUCUGCUGCCAAUGACUGGAACGAAUUGCAAAAAUCUCUGACGCUGGAGACUCUUAUCUCCCUCACUAACUUUAAGCAUCAGUUGUCAGAGCACCUUACCGAUCACUGCACCUGUACACAGCCCAUCUGAAAUUAGCCCACCCAACUACCUCAUCCCUAUAUUGUUAUUUAUUUUGCUCAUUUGCACCCCAGUAUCUCUAUUUGCACAUCAUAUCUUGCACAUCUAUCAUUCCAGUGUUAAUACUAACUGUAAUUAUUUUGCACUAUAGCCUAUUUAUUGCCUUACCUCCAUAACUUGCUACAUUUGCACACACUGUAUCUAUAUUUUCUGUUGUAUUUUUUGACUUUAUGUUUUUUUACCCCAUAUGUAACUCUGUGUUGUUGUUUUUAUCGCACUGCUUUGCUUUAUCUUGGCCAGGUCGCAGUUGUAAAUGAGAACUUGUUCUCAACUGGCUUACCUGGUUAAAUAAAGGUGAAAAAAAAAAAAAAAAAAAUAAAUCCAUCUCCUCUCUCUCCUUUCUCUCUCCCAGCACAAGCACUUCACAGAGGACAUUCAGACCAGACAGUACCGCUCCAUAGAGGUCCUGAUAGGAGCUGGCUACAGCACUCCUGCUGACAUCUGGAGCACCGCCUGCAUGGUGAGCACACACACAUACACACACACACUCACUCAGACACACACGGACUAUGUCAGUACUGAUGGAUGAUCCUGUCCUGUGUGGGUCCUGCAGGCGUUUGAGCUGGCUACAGGAGAUUACCUGUUUGAACCCCACUCUGGAGAGGACUACUCCAGGGAUGAGGGUGAGUCUCUACAUAUUUGCUUGUCCUAAUGGAUCAGCCUCAUACUAAACAUAACACGACAUAAUACUACACUUUAUUGAGCUACGUAUGAUUAUAGUGAUAUAGGAUUCAGCUGUUGUAAUAUUUGUUGUUGUUAACGUUGGUAUUGAAGGUGUUUAGACUGAGUAAUUGUGUAGUUACAACUGUUGUUGUACUGUCGUUUGAAAUUUGCUCAACUGAAUUAAAUGAUGGCACUUAGUAAGAUGGUAAUACAUUGUAGUGCUAGUAGAUUGUAGAUAGUAUGAAGGCUUGAUUGUAAAUAGUUUGUAUUGCAAUGUGCCCAAAACUCUCCUUUGAAAUAGAACAACUGCAUUCUUGAAUGGGUUAAAGAUGUCCAGCAGAUUUGAGUAUAGUCCCCUCUAGUAUUCCUAUCCACUAUUGUCUAUUUAUCUAUCCCCACAUUCUACAUCUUUACCCUCACUCAACCUAUCCCCAAAUCUAUACCUGACCUAACUCAUCCAAUCCCACAUUCAAAACCUUGUCACGCCCUAUCCCCAUAUUUACAUCCACGCCUUCUCGCUCCCUACACUUCCCCUAUCCCUUCCAUCCUCUAUACUGACUCACUCCUGGUCCCCACUCCCCACCCGCCCCAUAACUACUCCAUGCUGUCCAUCCCUGAACCCUAGUCCAGUUGACCUCCUGCACAUUGUCACCUCAACCCUCUGGUUGAGCUCAUGUUCAGCCAUCCACAUUUGACUCCAUACAUAUCAUGUUAACAAUAUUACACCACCAUACUUCACCAAAAAUUGAUUUGAACGAUAAUUCGCCAUACUAUCGACAUAAAUGGCAUGUAGUCAAUAUGUAUGGACAGAUACUGCCAUUAUAUCUUCACUGACAACAAUGAGAGCCACUAAAUUGUAUUCAGUUAGAAUCAGACCAUAUUUGGUGAUGAGUCUCUCAGAUUCAAAGAUAAUAGAUGCAUGUCUCUCUACUCCAAACCCACUGCACUCUCUACUCCAUCUCACCACCUCUGGUGUGGGGUCACUAACACUGAGCUCUCUGUCUCUCCCUCUUUCACUCUUCCCUCCUCCUCCUCUUCCUACCUCUGCCUUCCUUACUUGUCCUACUUUCUCGUUCUCAUUUUUCCCUCCUUCCUUCCUUCCUUCCUUCCUUCCUUCCUUCCUUCCUUCCUUCCUUCCUUCCUUCCUUCCUUCCUUCCUUCCUUCCUUCCUUCCUUCCUUCCUUCCUUCCUUCCUUCCUUCCUUCCUUCCUUCCUUCCUCUCCUUAUCUCAAUCCCCCGGUUCCUUGUCGUCCUUUUCCUCUCUCCUUUAUCUUUUCACCCUAUUCUCCUUCUGUUCCUCUUCCUCCUUUCUUCCUCUCUCCUCUUCCUCUUCCUCCCCCUCCUUCUCCUUUCCCUGUUCCUCUUCCUCCUUUCUUCCUCUCUCCUCUGUAGACCAUAUAGCCCACAUCAUUGAGCUGCUGGGCGUUAUUCCACGGCACUUUGCGCUCUCUGGAAAAUAUUCCCGGGAGUUCUUCAACCGAAGAGGUAGCACCAGGGAAAGUUCUGGUGGGACGGAGACACACGGACGCCCGAGCACACACAGUGACUCAGACAGACAGGCGGACAGACAUGAAUACAGACACAGUGGAAUGGGAAUUAUAUGAGCAGUCCAAAAGCAAUAAGGGGUUUUGCAGCAAGUUGCCUGGCUGCCAAGACACCAUUGGUGUGCACCAGAGGAGGCUGGUGGGAGGAGCUAUAGGAGGAUGGGCUCAUUGUAAUGGAUGGAAUGGGAAUGGAAUAAAUGGAACGGAGUCAAACAUGUGGUUUCCAUGUGUUUGAUGUUUUUGGUACCAUUCCAAUAUUCCAUUCCAGCAAUUACAAUGAGCCCGUCCUCCUAUAGCUCCCCCCACCAGCCUCCUCUGAAGUGCACAGCUAUUAAAGGCAGCACAUUAAGCGGGAAUAAUAUGCCUGUUUGCUUUAUUUCACAAAACCAGUUUAGUCAUAGCCCUCUCCACUACCUUCUGGAGGGACUGACUGUCCCGUCAGUCAGUCUGUCUGUCAGUGUGGUGUCUCCAGGCAGCAGUGUGUCCAUCCGUCCCUCCAGCGUGUGUGUGUGUGUGUGUGUGUAUGCUGUAAUGCCGUGCCUGUUCUCUUGUGGUGUGGCCUGUGGUGGCCGGGGUUCAGAUCACAUCGCUCUGAUCAUGGAGCUUCUGGGGAAGGUUCCACGCAAAGUGGUCGCCGCCGGGAAGUACAGCCGAGAGUUUUUCUCCAAGAAAGGUAACGUCAUGAUGAGGUACUACCCCAACGAGGCAGACAGGAAUACACAACAGUAUUUAUCUCUAAAUAUUAGUACAUGUAACAAAGCUAGCAGUAGUGUGCAGUAGUAUUUGUGUAGUGUGUCCACCUAGAAAUACAAACAGUACAUCCAUUAGAAAAUGUGCGUUUUCAAGCUUUAGUUAUAAAUAUCUUGCUAGUUACACCGGUAAUAGCCAAGUCACUUUACCUCUACCUAUAUGUACAUAUUUACCUCAAUUACCUCAUACUCCUGCACAUCCACUCAGUACUGGUACCCUGUGUAUAAAGCCAAGUUAUCGUUACUCAUUGUGUAUUUAUUCCUCGUGUUAUUAUCUUUCUAUAAUUUUUCUCUCUGCAUUGUUGGGAAGUAAGCAUUUCACUGUUAGUCUACACCUGUUGUUUACGAAGCAUGUGACAAACAAGAUUUGAUUUGUGCCACUUGACUGAGUUCUGAGUACUAUCCUCCCUGAGCCUACGGCCUGUCUACCAGUCUAUGUGUGUUACCUCUGUGUCUCUCUUUGGUAAGUGUCUGUGUCUUUAAAAACAGUAUGCUACCCUGCUGCUAGCCUGCUUCUCUCAUGUUCCAGUCAUGAGGCUCUAAUAUUCUGAUUACAGCUCCUUUUCUUUGAUGUUCUCGGUCUCUCUCUCUCUUCCUCUCUCUAUCAUAGGUCUCGUCUGGUGUAAAUGAUGUCUUAAUUCAUUCUCCUUUUAUCUCUCUAUGGUCUUAAUGUGUUCUGACUGACUCAGUCGCCGCUCGCUACUCCAGGCUCUUGAGUUGGUGUUCUUGGGCCAUGUCUCAAUAGUCUUAAGCUUGUGUCCUUUCCUUAAUCUAUGGUACGCUGUAAAUAAUUUUAAAUAAUGAAGGUGAAAGCAAUGUGAGAUACCCUUGCUUCCAUCAAUUCAGUGUAGAUGAAAGCAAAGAGACAUGGAAAGGAUGCCACUAUGGAAUAUUGAGAUGCAGCCCGAGUUCUACUCUCUCUUCUCUGUCUCUCUCAAUCUCUGUCUCUCUCUUAAUCUCUCUCUCUUGCUCUCUCGCUCUCUCUAUUGCUCUCUCACUCUCUCUCUCAUGGUAAGGCUUUACAAAUCAUAGCACUGUAACUAAUUACUCUUCCUUUCUCUCUCUCUAUUUCUCUCUCUCUUUACCUCCCCCUGUAGGUGAGCUGAGGCACAUCACCAAGCUGAAGCCCUGGUCCCUGUUUGAUGUGUUGGUGGAGAAGUACGGCUGGGCCCCAGAAGACGCUGGCCACUUCACCCACUUCCUGCUGCCCAUGCUGGAGAUGGUCCCUGAGAAGAGGGCCUCGGCUGGGGACUGCCUCAGCCACCCCUGGCUCAACUCGUAGUGACACCAGCCCACCCCCCCCCCCCUCCCCCUAGUGGCAGCCUCCACACACUGCUCAAAGCUAGGCACUCAAGACUGGAGAGAGAGGGAGAGGGGGGAGGAGGGGAGGGAAAGGGGAGACAGGGGGUGCCCCUUUCUUGGUCCUGCCCUGCCUCACCUCGCCCUGAGCCCUCCACACACACGCACAUAGGUAUGCACACAUGCAAAACAGAUGCCCACAGAGCCUCAGCAGGUAGCCUGAGAGAGACUGCUCCUCUGCUGUCCUCCCCAUAGGUCCCAUACAACCCCUCACAGGAGCAAUAGAGCGCCCCAGGAAUAGAGUUGGAUGGAGUCAAACUUCCACGAUUCUAGACAGGCAGGAUGAGAUCCCUACACAACAUGAGGAGCAGCCAUGGUCAGGACUGUGUCUUCCAAGACAUCUCCUACUUAGAACGACCAUGCAGUCUGAACAGAAACUAACCCGCUCAUAUGAAUAGGUUCUCUGCAAUGUCCUGGCCAGUCUUAUUCUGAGCCUAAACCUGUCCUCCACCCUAGGUUUCCUAUUAGAAGUCAAUGAGCACCUAUAUCAGAAUGCUGACUGUGUGAUAGCUCCAUUUGCCUGACCUUACAACAGCACGGCCUAAACAUGCUGAGGCAGAAGUGUGUGUAUGUGUGUGUGUGUGUGUGUAUACAUGUGAGUGUGUGUUAUUAGUCUGGGUCUGCACAUUCUGUAGGUGUAACAGGCAAGUGUGUGUACGUCCCUCUCCUACAAAGGCGCAACAAGACUUCCAGAUUAGGAGUCGGCCGUUCACCCUACUCUUCCUCUCCUCCCUCUCCAGCCCCUGCCCCCCUCCUUUACUCUGUAGGAGUACUGUGCCCCCCCCCCCUCCCCCCCAGGACUGAAGCAGUGUUGCUGAACAACAACACAGCUCCAGUCCCAUCCCCGGCCACCAGGGUGCCCCAGAACUGA